AUUUUCUGGAGCUUAUUUUGGCAGAGUGGAAGGAAACCCGGAACAACCCAAAAGUAGACCAGUAUAGGGUACUUUGCCACGGAGAUCUACACCUUCGAAACAUUAUGUUCAAGUAUAAGGACCGGGAUCCUUCCAAGACUGCAUGUUACUUGACUUUCAAAUCUCGAACCUUUUCCCCUAACAUUCGAUCUGGUUUAUUCGAUAUACAUGCUUAUGGAGCCAGAACAUCGCUGGAAGCACUGGGAUGAUCUUAUCAACUAUUACUUUUUCGUACUAGAGGAUGUUUUAAAGAAAGUCGGAUAUAAAGGUGAAAUGCCCACCCAAUCGGGUCUUUGGCAGCGCCUGCAUCAGCAUAAAUACUAUGAGUUCUUCCUUAUAAGCACCUUCUUGCCUUUGAUGUGGGCUUCAAAGGAUACGUCUGUAGACUUUGGCGACCUGCUUCAGAAUGAGGAAAAGCGAAGGAAAUGCUCCUUUUCUAAAGGCUACAUUAAGGAUGUGAAAAUACUGCUGUCCCGAUUGGAUAAGUUGGGCUUACUCCAAGCUUGAAAAAGUUUUUCCUCGGUCUUGUUUAUAUAGAAUCAGUAUUUUCAUUUCAUAUUUCAGCUAAGUGUGUCAAUGUAAAAUGGUAAAUAAAUAAAAUAUAAAAAUA